UCAUUUUCAGACGCAACGCCUGAUUUUGGGCCAUGGCGGCCAUGCUGGCGCGAUGCCGGCCCUUCUGCAGAGGCCUGGUAACUGCAACACGUCCCAAAGUCAUGAAGCGCUUUUACCAGGAGGUGAUGUUGGAGGAAUCCAAGACCGGCACGCCAUGUUGGCGAGUGCUGUUGGACGGGAAGGUCGUCAAGACGCCCAAGGGAACUCCCCUGGAACUGCCUGGCCGUGGGGUGGCGCAGGAGGUUGCAGGCGAAUGGCAACAACAAACUGAGGACAUCCUGCCCUUGGAGAUGCCAUUCACUACUCUAGGUUGUACCGCUUUGGACAUCACGCAGCACGAUCCGGCGGCAUCUGUGGAUCGGCUCUUACCCUUUCUGGAGAUGGACACGGUGUGUUUCCAGGGCGAGCAGGAUCUUCUGGCUGAACGACAACGGCAAGAAUGGGGCCCCUUGCGUGAGUGGUUCGCGUCGAAGUACGAGGUGACACUGGGAGUGGCCUCGGGCCUGGCGGCUCCCAAUCAUCCAGAGGAGACCCUGCUGCGUAUCACACAGCUUCUACUCGACCGAGACGCUUGGGAGCUCUGUGCUCUGGAAGUCGCCACCCAGACGGCCAAGUCCUUCAUUGUGGCCAGCGCCUUGUUGGACAAGAGCACCACCGCAGAGGAGGCGAUCCGAUUGGCACAGCUGGAGGAAGACUUUCAGAUCGAACGUUGGGGAAUGGUUGAAGGCGACCAUGAUGUGAUGGAGACUGAGAUGUUGAAGUGGCUCACAGCCUGCAGAAGAUUCAGCAAGCUGCACCGUGAUAUUUAAGCCCUGGCCUGUGAGGAGAAAA